GGAAGAGAAUGGAUUGUAGCUAAAUUCUAUAGAGUGUACAUACCAAUUUCAUACCAAUUGAGUAUUGACUUGAGAAUGCGAAAUGUCAUACGCAUAUCUUAGAAUGACAUAUUCUCGAUUGUAAUUCAUACUCUUGUACUCACUCAGCCAUGGGAGAUACGCAAUUAAAGUUGAAGAUUAAUUUAUUAGGGCAGCAGCCCAUAAUAAGGAAAUGCCUAUUCAAUUCAAUCCCUGAGUUUGAUUACCUGAAGAGAGUAGUGAGUGUGUGAAGAUGUUUUAGAUCAUACCCUAACGAAACUAAACAGAUACGCAACUUAUUCGAAAUUGAUGCCAACACGGAGUUAGAUAUCUUUGACGUCAAGCUUAGUGUACUUGAUAAGAUUGGUUAUCCUACCUUCAAAACGAUAGACGAAUCAAUCUGGAAUCUAAUCAAGAGCGAUCUAAUCAAUCAGAAAUCUGAGAUGAAGUGCAAUGUUAUCGUCCAGCGUACACAGGUUGCGUCAUUGCCGCCACCACCAGCACAACCUGUUCCAGCGCAGCCAGAAGAACAACCAAAUCAACCAUUACAGAGGAAAGGCUCUAAUAAGCUUAAGAAGAACCCAAAGAAUAGAGAGAGUAAUAGAUUCUCCUUCUUGAACGUUUUAACUGCAGCGAAAGAGCCACCAAGAUCAAAUUCUUAUGAUAACUUGAAAUAUUACGACACCAAUAGCAAUCAAAAAGAUCCAAUUAAGCAACCUGAUGGUUUAUUACCACCAUCUGAGCAGUUCCUCAGGCCACCAUCGCCUCAGCAGCAUCCACAACAUCCUCAACACCGUUCACUUCCACAGUUGCACAGUCAACCAUCAAAUGGUUAUCUAGGACCUGAUGUCACUCAACAGCCGUUGACUCCUGCUCCAACUAUCCCAUCAAAAGCACCUUCUACUCCUUGGUACACUAACUUAGAGACACGCUUGGAGACAAAGAAUGAGUUGAAGACGCUUAUGGAGGGCUUUUUGAACAAAUUGAGCGUCACUAUGAACUCUUUCGAACAAGAUGCACAUUUAGAGAGUCUAGCUAAUCUCACAAAAUCACAAACUUCCUUGGCAAUGCAUGAAGCUGUAUGUGAUGGUUGCAACAAUCGCAUACAAGGUGUCAGAAUGAAGUGCACUACUUGCAGAGACUACGAUCUUUGUGUUGGAUGCUUUUCAGUCGGUACUCAUGAUCACGAAACCUUCCAUCGUAUCUGUGAUCCAUCCAAACCGUUACCUUCUGUACCAAAGUCAAUAGACACCAAUACCCCAUUGCUUUCAACAAACACAAGCGUACGCUCUUCACAUUCUAAACCAAAUGCUCAUCACUCAGCUAAUUGCGAUAUGUGCAAGUCUGGUAUCAUCGGUACUCGUCACAAGUGUACAAUUUGCCCAGAUUAUGAUGUCUGUGAUAACUGUUUUGGUCGGACCCAUGAGGAACAUCCACUCCACGAGUUUGCUGAUCUCACAGAUCCAAAGCUUAUCAGAGUACCAGAAGAAUUGCAAGUCGUACACCCUGGUGUUAUUUGUGAUGGAUGUCAAAACAAUGUCGUAGGUUAUAGGUUCAAGUGUAGCCACCCAGAGUGUUUUGAUUUGGAUCUCUGCGGUAACUGCGAAUCAAGUCCUGUUGCUAAACAUGACAAAUCACACAUCAUGCUUAAGAUCAGACAGCCAAUAUUAGAAGCUCAAGCAUUAAAUCAGGCAUUUGCUGGUGGAUUUAACCAAGACUCCGUACCAUACCUCGAACAAGCACAACAAAUGAAAGUAAACAGACAAAAAUCUGCAACUAACCUAACAACUAUUAGUGAACGCUCUGUAGAGACGGCCAAAUAUGAUGUACAUGGUACACCAGAGUUUGAUGUUCCCCCAUUACAUGAAGUAAUUAACCAAAACGAUGUAGCAAGUUAUAUUAAAGCUAAUCAAAACAACCCAAAGUCAAAAAUGGUUGAGGAUUUCAACGGUGGUGAAGAGAGAGAGAAAGAUACAGUACUGAAAAUGGCAGGCGGCACUCAAUUUAGUCAUAUUUUUGAAUUCAACAGUAGUUCAAAAAUUUCAGCUUCAAAUCUCUCCAGACUGUCUCCACAGGCAACGUUUGGAAAUAGUUUAACUAUAUCACAACCUAACAGCCAUUUAAUUAGAGUCGAUGGCUUCAGAGCACCUGAAGAGUCUGGAAUACAUUCGGAGACCUGGUCAUAUAUCGACAACACAAUUGAGAAGACAUUCAAGUUGGUUUUGUUUGUUGAAGAUCUCACAAAUGCGUCUGGAGACACACUACCAAGUUCUGCUUUAAUGAUACCAGCCAAAGCACAAUCAUCUCAAGGCGCUAGCGAUUUCAGGGAAUUUGAAACAGACUUCGGUACAGAAUCUGCAGCUGCUGAUGACUACGAUUUUGAAUUAGCAAAGAGGAAUGCUUGAUAAUUUAUAUUCGUUUGGAUCUUUGUCUCAUACGCAACACUCACUAAUUGUUUAGAAUAUUGAAGAGAUACUAUCACAAAUACACUCAUUUUAAUUUUAUUUCUUUUUGUUUACUUGUUUAAUUCAUGCAACUAC